AAUCGAUUAUUCUUGGAAUCGCGUCUUUUGCGUUGUGAAAUAAAAUUUAUGCAUUCAACAGUUUAACAACGGCAGUAAACAUGAGCGCUGAGGAAAAUAAUAAUAGUUCAAAUAUCCCUUCACCUGCUAAAAGAAAACUGUCAGAAAAUGAAGAAAAACCAAAUACCCAUGAAGCUAAUAAACGUCGAAAAUCCGAAGACGCUGUAGCGCCAACAACAAACAGCAACAACGAAAAUGUAGUUAUCAAAACAGAAAAAGUGGAAGACGAGGACUCCGCUGCAAAUGAAGCAUCAUCUGAAAGUAGCAGCAAUAUUCCAGUGGUAAUCAAGACGGAGCCAGAGGAAGAAAAUGAAGCAACAGUUGAUGGCCCAAGCACAAGCUCGAAUAUUUCGACAGCAGUUGUUGUAAAGACGGAACCAGCAACAACAACCAGAAAACAGUCACCAGAGCCCGAUUCCUCGGUUUCCUCGAGCACUUUGCGCCGCUCGUGUCGAUUUGGCAUUCGAUGUUACAGGCUGAAUCCGGCACAUCGGGCAGCCGAGGCACAUCCAGGUGACGCCGACUAUCGUCGCCCCAGUUUUCCAGAUCCGCCACUAGGAACACCUGCAUGUCCGUUUGGCAACGCAUGCUAUCGUCGCAAUCCCACGCAUUUUCAGCAGUUUUCACAUCCACCAGAUUUCAAUUCUGCCCAGAACAUACGCAAUCGUUUGCGCCAACGACGAAACCAGACCCAAAAUACCAAUGGUACUGCAGCUGCACAUUUGGACUCGGAAACGGAUGAAGAUGAAGAGGAUCCAUUCCACGAUGAAGCCGACUCGGACUUGGAUUAUAAGCCUGGCGCCAAUUUAGAUGACGAUGACGAAGAUGAAGAGGACGAUCUUGAAUUUAAUAGCGAACGUCAGAAUUGUGAUGAGUUUGAUUAAAAUGAUUCACGCAUUAUAAUGCUAAUAUGAUUGAUGUACAAAAUAUACUACAAAAAUGUACAUAUGCACAUAUAUUGUUGAGUUGUAAGCUGUUGAAGUAUUAAAUUUGUAGCACCUUAAACACAUUCGUUUUG